AUGGUGACGAUGCCCCUGCUGCUGACGCCCGGGCUGCAGCGGCCGCUCCUCUGCAGGCUGCUGCGCCGCGCGGACCGCCUGGGGCCUCGCCGUCUCGUUCGCUACCUGACCACUGCGCUGCUGCCCCUCUGGGAUCGCCAUCUCCCACCGCUGAUGAUGAUUUUCCUCGACACGAUCCUCUGGAGGACUGGAGAGAACUUGCUGGCGCUGCUGGUGAUUUGCUCCAUGAGCCCUAUGGGGGACUUCCCCGGUUCGUUCGGUCGCUACGUCCGCGACCCCCUCAAACCUCAGCUGCGCGAGCAUAUGGCCACCAUGGGAGGUCGGCUGCAACGUGACUUGCUGCCGUUACCGUACCCUACCAUCGUGAAGACCGACGUCGUGCGCGACGGCGACGACCUUAGCGACCUGAACUGGGAGGCAUUCCACUGCAGGCUGGUUGUCACGGUGCUGGCGCUCAACUGGGACGCAGGCUUUCGCUCGCUGGACCUUGGCGGCCCUGGGCGCCGCCUGUACCUGGCGACGCGCAUCGAGACCAGCCUGCCUGCGGAGCUCAACUGGGAGGACCGCCUGAAGGACCGCAAGAUCGGCUACGGUGGCGCCGAGAUCACCGCGCCUCACAAGCUGACCCUGGAGCAGGUGCUGGACGGCUUACCGCCGCCUGGUGUUGCGGCCUCGAUUGAGGCGGCCGACGUCGCGACGGGCUUCGUGCGGGACGCAUUGCUGGACCCUGGGCUGGUGCUGCUGCCGCCUGCGCUGCGCCGCGCGGCGCCGACUUCGGCGCGGGUUUGGGCCCCGGAAGACGAGUGGCAUCGCAAUGCUGGGGCCCUUCAUGAGCGCGGGAUGGUCGGCCCGAUCUCCGCGUCUGACAUCGCGUGCCGGGAUGGGUCGCCGCUGCUGAUCGGAGCCUUCGGCGUUCCGAAGGACGGGAUGGUGAUGCCCGUGCUCAGGCUCAUCACCAAUCUGAUCCCGUCGAACGCCUGCCAGGAGUGCAUCGUUGGCGACACGCCCGAGAUGCCGACGAUGAGCCAGCUGAACGGCCUGGUCUUGACGGAGUCCGAGGACUUGCUGUGGAGCGGUGCCGACAGGAAGGCCUUCUUCUACGUCUUCCGUGCACCGCCGCCGCGGUGGCCGCACAUGGUGAUCGGGCCGCCCGUGCCGUCGCGCCUACUGGGCCUCAAGGACGGCGGCGCUACCCACAUCUGCCUGCGGGUAAUCGGCAUGGGCUGGAUCAGCGCGGCGGGGGUCACGACUCACCUGCAUCGCAACAUGCCGCGCCGCAGCGGCGCGGUGCCUCGCGGCCUGAGCCCCAGCUGCGAGAUUACCCGGCGCCGCCGCCUGCCGCUUGGCGCGGAGAAGCCCUGCCCGCCUGCUUGGAUGGCGUACAUCGAUAACUUAGAGAUCGCCGAGAUCGUCGACAAAUCUGAGGCCGACAAGUUACGCGGGACGGUCCCCGAGCUGCUGACUGACGCUCGAGUCUGCUACGAGGCAGCAGGGUCCCCUGGCCCCCCGGGCAAGGACCUGCACCGCGUGGUGCGCGCCACCACUCUGGGCGAGCUUGUUGAGGGUGUCCGUCGGCCGCCUGCAGGAUACAUCAAUGAGAUGGCCAGCCUCACGCUCUGGGUUCUGGGCAAGAGGCGAGCCAGCAUGCAAUUGAUACGUAUUCUUCUUGGGCGCUGGGCUCGCGUGCACUGCUCCCGCCGCCCGCUGGCCGCGAGCUUCGCUUACACCUGGAAGUGGCUCAACGACCCGCGCUGUGGAGGCCGCUUCAGCGUGAGCGUGAUCGAGGACUUGCUGAUGCGCCUAGCCCUGUCGGGGCUCUGCGUGGCCGACAUGACGCUUGAUGUCGAUCACCUGGUGACGGCGUCGGACGCGUCGGAGGCCGCUGGGGCCGCGGUGCACAGCACGGCGCUUACCGAGCGCGGCCGCGUCGUUGCGGGCAGGCGCCAGCGGCCCGCCAACGCCGCCUGCGAGGAGGAGACCGCCCUGAUCACCGUCUUUGAUGGUAUCGGUGGCGGACGCCGAGCCUUCGAGAUACUGGGCCUGGUACCAGCGGCGCACCUGUCGUUCGAGGUGGACCCGCAGGCGGUUCGCGUCGCGCGGCGCGCUUACCCUGGCACGCAGCACCUCGGAGAUGUUACAUUUGCUGACCCUGCUGCCCUGGCUGGUCUGCUGCGGGCCCGUGGCCGCAUCACCCGCGUGGUGGUCAUCGGCGGCUUCCCAUGCCAGAUCUACACGAGCUUGAACGUCGACCGCAAGGGCUCGUCGGACUCGCGCGCCUCGCUUGUCGAUCACAUGGUGAGGGUCAUCCGAGGCCUGCGGGCGGCCAUGCCCGAGGUGAGCGUUGACUUCCUUGGGGAAAAUGUGGCAUCAAUGGCAGAGUCCGACGCCCUUCACCUCCUCAGCGGGUUGUUCGAGCGGAUCCCUUUGGAGGUUGAGGCUGGGGACAUUGGCUGGGUGAGGCGUCCUCGUCUCUACUGGCCGUCCUGGGACCUGCUGCCGUCGUACGAAGCUAAGACGGUGAUGGUACUGACCAAGGACGGCGCCUCUCGCCGCCUGCGCCGCGUGUCGCUGGAGGUGGAGCGCCCGCCGCUCGAGGAGUGGCUGCCGGCUGGCGCGCGCGGCCCUGGAGCGGAGGGUGGCGAGCCCCUCCCUACGUUCGUUCGCUGGACGCCGCGCACGCAGCCGCGCCCCAGGCCCGCGGGCAUCGGGGAGUGCACGGCUGCUGAGCUGACGCGCUGGGAGGAGGCGGCCUUUGCGGCGCCGCCAUGCCAGUUCCGUGACAGGUGGUGCAUUCACUGGCCUGACGGACGGAUCGCGCCUCCUGACGCGGCGAUGAGGGAGAAGCUGAUGGGCUUCGCCGAAGGCCACACCGUGCCCUGCAUGACCAGCAGUGCGGCGAAUGCCGAGCCCAGCAAGUACGAGGGGCUGAGGCGUUCGCUGAUCGGCAACUCGUUCCAGUGCGAGGUGGUGGCGUGGCUGCUGGCGCACUGGGCUGUUGCGGCUGGGCUGCUGGUGGCGGCGCCGCCCUUCUCCGAGCUGCGCGAGAGCGCUCGGGCCUGGGCUGGCGGGCGGAAGCUGCGGGCUGGCGACGCCACCUCGCUGCGACGCAGCCGCGUGGAGGUCGACGCGGAGGUCCGCGACGAGCUGGUGGCCUGCAGCGCAGCCGCACCGGCCGAGCGGCAGCAGGCGGGCGAGGAACCCGCCGCAGCGGCGCCGGCGGCGGCCAACAGGCUCGUCUACGUCGGCCGCGGCUCAUGGCGCUGGGGCCUCACCCCGUCGUGUUUCGGCAACCCGUUCGCAGUGGGCCCGAGCUGCUCCUGCGAGGACCCGGUGGCGCUGUUUGCUGGAUGGCUGCGCAAGCAGCCCGAGCUGCUUCGCCGCCUGGAGGACCUGCGCGGUGCCAAGCUGGUCUGCCACUGUCAGUCCGCAGCAUGUCAUGCAGAUGUGCUGCUUGCAGAGCUGGCCAAACGCGAUGCUACGUCCUGGCGUGAUGCGGAUGUCUCGCGUAGGCUGGUGAUGGGCCUUGUGAUGGCGUGCCACAGCAAUGGUGCGGACCUCCGUGGCGACGGGAGCUCUGCGGAGCUCAGCAAAGUUUUCCCUCGGCAAGAGAUUGAUGCAGGUCUUUGGCAAUGGCGUGAGGCAGGACAGCUGGCGUGGGAUGUUCCUGAACAUAUCAAUGUACUGGAGUGCCAGGGCGCGCUGAUGAUGAUUCGAUGGCGUGCUCGAUCGUUGGGCCGACAGCAGCGAGUCUUCUUGCACCUCCUCGACAGCAUGGUCAACAUCGGUGCGCUCUCAAAGCGCCGCUCAAGCAGCAGUCAGCUCAACAAGGUUGUGCGCAGCUUCUCGGCCUGGGAGCUGGCGAUGGGCGCGCGGGCAGCAUUCGGGUUCACCUCAUCUGCUCGGAACCCCGCGGACGCGCCGUCGCGCCUGAAGGAAGGGGAAGCGGUCUAG